AUGGCUGGUGAACAGACAAGCGAUUUCGGCGACUGGUCCUUGUCCAUGGCACCUGGGACAUUCUCAAAGAUACUCACGACAGACGACGACAGAGAAGAUGCGCUAGAAUAUUCCAGCCAUAUUCUGGACGACUUGAAGAUUGGUGGUGCGGAUACUGCCCAGGCGAGUCUGGCAUUACUGGGGCAGGAUCAAGCUUACCAGCACCCUGAAAACGUCCAGCAGCCUAGGGAAGGGCCCUUCGAUUUAUCUCACGGUCUUCUUGGCAAGUUUGAUAGCAGCGGGGCAGCAGCAUUAUACAGCUGCCCAGAGAGCUUUCAAAACGUUGUUCCGCCUUCCUCCUUGGCACCCCAGGAUAUAUCUGCUCUGUCCAGCUUUACCUCUGAACAGAAGCCUUUCUAUCGCCAAGGCCCUCCUCUGGAGAUUAUCAGCAGUGAACCCGCUGAUGAGAUUCAGUUUACCCACUCGACAUUAUCUCCAUACCCUCUGCCCUGCAGUAUCAAGCCAGAGGUUGACACGACCGAAGCUGAUCUUAAUUUUAUCCCAGCAGUAGCGACAUCUUCUUCCUUCUCCCUCCAGCCCUACGCCUCUGCAAGCAACAUCAUCCCAACAACAAGUUUGUCUCCAUGCAAUACCAGCCUCACAUUUGGUUACGACGCGUCUCUAGCCAUGUGCCAGGGACAGCAAACCAUUAUUGAAACUGGUGCAGACGGAGGAGUGAAUCAACAAGAUCACCAUACUGAGGUAUGGUGCCCGGAUAACAUCCUGGAGGGAUCGCCGUCAUCUUCCGAGCACUUGAUACCCAAGAUAGAUUUGCCAUACGCGCAACUCAUAUACAGGGCUUUCAUGUCAAGAGACACCAGGUCCAUGACCCUGCAGGAAAUGUACCAGUGGUUUCGGGAGAACACAGACAAGGCCAAAAGUCCAGGCAAGGGCUGGAUGAACAGCAUCCGCCACAAUUUGAGUAUGAACCAGGCAUUCGUCAAAAGAAAUGCCAAAGCCGCCACCCGCAAUCGCGACGGCAGCUUGUCCUUCGACAUAGACGCUCCAGGCGUCGACAGCAGGAAGUCGACCGAGUGGUUCCUCCACCCAGACUUUGAGCGCGGCGUGAUAAGUACGACACGCUACCGUAAUGACAUCAGCGGCAGCAGGUCGCGCGGCGGCCGAGUCCACCUCAGAAGCCUUAGGCGUGGUGGUGGUGAAGAUGGAGGUGGUGCUUCUUCUGCUACUGCUAGUAGCGAGCUCGGCGGCAGAGGGGAUAAGAGAAGCGGGUACUCGCAUGCCCGCGUCUCGGCUGGCCGCAAGGGUGGCCAUGUUGCGGCUCAGAACCGGCGCAGGCAGGCUUUGCAGAAGCAACAAGAACAACAGCAGGCCAGGGCGACGUCUGAGGCGAUCCGGAAAGACGGUCCGCUGGCUUCUUCUUACGAGGCGUUGCGGGCGACUGCAAUGCAGUAUCAUGGUUUCCCAACAACAACAUCAAUGACAAGACCCGAUGGUGGGCUGUACUCUCAUAUGCCUGGGUAUACAUCAGCAUACAACCCAAUGCCAACCUCCUCGUCUGCUAUUUUUGCCACAGCACCCACGGGAUUUGACGGCAUGACUACAACCAUGGAGCAACUACACAGCCAGACCGGAAGACAUCUCGAGAUGAACUACUUCAACACCCAGGUUGCUGUCGACAACGAAAUGCUGCUACCUAUCGAGCGGCCCGGCUUUCUGGAGACCAACUAUGAGAGUGCUGAGCCUUCUACGCCUAGGUCGGCGCAGGAUCCACCUCACCAGCAAGGGAAUCACUCCCUGGUUGACAACAAACAUCAAGAGUACUUGCUCGCAUCCAUGGGCGGCGGUAGCAGAGGGGGGAGUGCACAUCUCGACCAGGCCGAGUACAGCCUUGCAGAUGUGACAGGUCUUUAUGAGCCUGGUCCAGACUCUGACGUCCAGCCUCCACUGUUCUCGGAUGAUAUCCUAUUGCCUAAUCAUCCCCUGUUCUUGCCUUUGUUGAAUUAG